UUUCUGCGUCGCUUGCGCCGGGGGCUGCUGCUGCUGUUGCUGAGCCGCUCCUCUACCUGAGACCGCCCACCAGCUCGGCCCGUCCUCGCCCGCCGCCUCAGCCAUGAUCAUCUACCGCGACUGCAUCAGCCAAGAUGAGAUGUUCUCAGAUAUCUACAAGAUCAAAGAAGUGGCCAGUGGACUCUGCCUGGAAGUAGAAGGGAAGAUGGUGAGCAGGAAAGAAGGUGAAAUAGAUGAUGCUUUAAUUGGUGGAAAUGCAUCCGCUGAAGGUCAAGACGGAGAAGGCGCAGAGGCCACAGUUGUCACUGGUGUUGACAUUGUAAUGAACCACCACCUUCAGGAAACAAGUUUCACUAAAGAGUCCUACAAGAAGUAUAUCAAGGACUACUUCAAAGCAAUCAAAGGCAGACUUGAGGAAACAAAGCCAGAGAGAGUAAAACCAUUCAUGACGGGGGCAGCUGAACAAGUCAAACAUAUCCUUGCAAACUUCAAAAAUUACCAGUUUUUUGUAGGAGAGAAUAUGAAUCCAGAUGGCAUGGUGGGGUUGCUGGAUUUCCGUGAGGAUGGUGUGACACCAUAUAUGAUUUUCUUUAAGGAUGGAUUAGAAAUGGAAAAAUGUUAACAAGAGAUCAACCCUUCUGGAUCAUCUAUCAUCGUCAUCAUAAUUGGCUGCUGCUCUUUAUUCAUCAACAAAACAUCAUGACUCAGCAUUGUCUGAAAACUGGACUGAUGCCAUCUUGAGCUUAAUUUGAUUUAUUUUGACCCUGAUUUAAUUGGAGUGGAGGCAUUGGUUUUUAAAAAACUUGUCAUGUAGGCUGUCUAAAAUAAAGAAAAACUCAUUUAAACCCA